GGAUCUAAAUAUAUUUGAGCCUGGUACAACAGAAAAUCGAAAAGCACCAGCACUGUCCUCGGAGGAAGCUUGCGGAGGAAGCAGCUGGACCAAUAUAAAAUGAAGAUAUUCCAACCGAGGGUAGGAACUGAAGAGAUGGGAGGGCAGGUUGCUUGACGGGUGACGUCAACUCCUCGCUAGUCAGUAUAUGUUUACAGAGGGGCCGCUUGUUGCUGAAGCUCCGACAUCCAGCUGUGUGAUCAAACAAGACUCCAUUUAUACGGGGCUCCAUUUAUACGGGGGUGUGGGGGGAGGGUAGAGAGAGAGAGAGAAAGACGAGGUGGACGGAGAAAACAAGUACACACACACACACACACACACACAGAGAGAGAGAGAGACGAGCCAGGCUGCAAUUAACAAAGCCAGACAUGAAAGUGAUCAGUUUCAUUGAGAAGCUGGUUACAGCGGGAGGCCGAUUGUAACCAAUGUGAUCAGGCACUGGCUUACAAGGGACAAAAUGUAACAUUCUCCGGUCGAGGUAGCAAAUUCAAAGGUUCCCCUGUGGAUACACGUUUUUUUUUGUAUACAGCUCGCUAACCUCUGGACUCUGUCGGUGAGAUGGCUUUUUAUUGACCUAGCAAUCUCCCCGUUGUAUCAGACCGGCCGGUGGAUCUGCUUCCAACACCACACAGCCCGGGCUAUUGUGCUGUUUGUUGUUUUCGCUGUAAUAUGCUGCUGGAUUUUCUGAGGUCCGAAGGUGGUUCGAUGCGGCCGGUGUGGAGUCGGACACGGGCGAGCUGGAUGUUCCUAGGGAAUGCCUUUCUCCUGAGCUGCCUCCUGCCAUCGGAAAAUGGGACCGGAGCGCUGGGCCAAGAAAUCAUUCAAGUGGACGGUGUCUUUGACCGACCCUAUUUGGUGAUUGUCAAUAGCCACGUCCAGAAUAUAUUCGCUUUCAAUCACACCGUUUCACGGAACAAGACAGAGGGGGUCCGUGUCCACGUGAACGUUCUCUCCGCGCAGUCCAGAAACCCGGUGCUAUUUGUCAUCCGACAACAGAAAGCAGUGCUCUCCUUCCAGGUGCCAUUGAUCCUCAGGGGUCUUUAUCAGAGGAAUUAUGCCUAUCAGGAUGUGAGUCGCACACUUUGUCAACCAGAGAUAAAGAGUGAAUCACAAAUGCAAUAUUUUUAUGUGGAUGUUUCAACACUGUCCAAGAAAAACACCUCAGUCCAACUCUAUGUGAAACGCAUAGAGCAUUUUGUCCUCAGAACUGCAGAACCAUUCCAAUUUAAUGCGACACCAGCUCAACCUCAGUACUUCAAGUACAAGUUUCCUGAUGGGGAAGUCUCAGUAAUAGUGAAGGUGACAUCUGAUUCAGCAUUUCCCUGUUCGGUCAUCUCCAUACAGGAUGUCCUGUGUCCGGUCAAUGAUUUGGAUAAUAAUGUUGCAUUUAUUGGCACCUAUCAAACAAUGACUAAAAAAGCAGCGAUUACUGUACAGAAAAAGGAUUUCCCAAACAGCAGCUUUUAUGUGGUGGUGGUAGUGAAGACGGAGGAUGAGGCCUGUGGUGGACCACUGCCUUUUUAUCCAUUAAAGCAAGAUGAGCCUGUAGAUCGAGGGAACCGGAGUAAGAUUCUGAAUGUGACCGUGAUGCCUGCUGUGAAUUCUGUGGCCUAUAUUAAAGGGACGUUGUUCAGUCUGGGAAUUUUCCUGGCAUUUUACCUGCUCACGUUGAUCAUCGCUUGCUGGGAGCACAGUCGACAGCAAAAGAAGAGAGAGAAAAUCAUAGGGAAAAGCAUCUCAUCUGACCCGUGCGCCUCACCCCCAGGAAAGAUGAACGGAAAGCCAGUGCUGUUUAUCCUGCAAACUGCAGCUGGUAGUUACACCCCCCAGAGCCCUGACCUCUACACUGGAAGCUCAGCGUGUCAAAGCUAUGGCUCUUUUGAGAAUGGUUCCAUUCUUGGAUCUGAAGCAAUCACAGAUAGCAUGGAGUCAGAUUCCACCUAUGGUUACAUGGAGAGGCCUCUGGAUAAUGUGACCCGCCCACGUCUCGAUUCUCUCAGCUCCAUUGAGGAAGAUGAGUACGACACCCUGGCAGACAUUGAUUCCGAUAAAAAUGUCAUCAGAACAAAGAGAUUUCUGUACGUCUCUGACCUUGCUCGGAAGGACAAGCGGGUUCUCAGCAAAAAAUAUAAAAUCUAUUUCUGGAAUAUUGCGACAAUAGCAGUUUUCUACGCACUGCCAGUGAUUCAGCUGGUCAUCACAUAUCAGACGGUUUUCAAUAUCACAGGAAAUCAGGACAUCUGUUACUACAAUUUCAUGUGUGCACAUCCACUUGGGGUCCUCAGCGCAUUUAACAAUAUCCUGAGUAACCUUGGAUACCUGAUGUUGGGUCUUCUUUUCUUAUUGAUUGUCUUGCAACGUGAGAUUCUCCACAAACGGGCCCUCAUGCGGAAUGACAUCUGCGCAUUGGAGUGUGGAAUCCCUAAACAUUUUGGGUUGUUUUAUGCAAUGGGGACUGCUCUGAUGAUGGAAGGACUACUCAGUGCCUGUUACCAUGUGUGUCCAAACUACACUAACUUCCAGUUUGACACAUCUUUCAUGUACAUGAUAGCAGGUCUCUGUAUGCUGAAGCUGUACGAGAAGCGACACCCAGACAUUAAUGCCAGUGCCUAUUCUGCUUACGCCUGCCUUGCCUUAGUCAUAUUCUUCUCUGUGUUGGGAGUGGUCUUCGGGAAGGAUUACAUCGUAUUCUGGGCUGUUUUCUCCUUUAUUCACAUCCUGGCAACACUUUUGCUCAGUAUACAACUGUACUACAUGGGCCGCUGGAAACUUGACGCGGGGAUUUGCCGAAGGAUAAUUCAUGUGAUUUACACAGACCAUAUCAGACAAUGCAGCGGACCUGCCUACAUAGAUCGGAUGGUAUUGCUCAUUAUGGGGAAUAUUGUGAACUGGUCACUAGCUGCUUAUGGACUAAUUCUGAGACCUAAAGAUUUUGCAUCCUACCUGCUGGCAAUAGGGAUCUGCAACCUGCUCCUAUACUUCGCUUUUUACAUUAUCAUGAAGCUACGAAGUGGUGAAACGAUCAGACCCAUUCCCCUGAUCUGUAUUAUCUGCACAGCCGUAGUCUGGGGAUUUGCGCUGUUUUUCUUCUUUCAGGGCCUCAGUACGUGGCAGAAAACCCCAGCUGAGUCUAGAGAGCACAACAGAGAAUGUAUCCUGCUUGAUUUCUUUGAUGAUCAUGACAUUUGGCAUUUUCUGUCCUCUAUAGCAUUGUUUGGCUCUUUCCUGAUCUUGUUGACUCUGGAUGAAGACCUGGAUCAUGUGCAAAGAGACAAAAUCUACGUUUUCUAAUCCCUGGUGGGGAAAGAGUGACCGCACGGCAGACUUCCUACCUUUGUCACCUGAAGUCUAUUCCUCUGGAGAAAAGGAGAAAUGGGAUUGGCGUUGCUGCUGCGAACAAACUAUGGAGGUGAUAAGGGACCUCAAGUGCCAGUCACACUGCAGUAGCCCUUGAGCUGCUAGCUCUGGCACUGAGAGCAACAUUUUCCAUUGGCAAUCUUUGUGCCAAUGCACUUGCCUUCAAUUGAAAAUGCUGUGCUGCUGAGCCUGUUGGCUUUUCUUGCAUUGAUCUGUGCCCAACCCUGUAAGGCACAAGAUCAUCACUGUCCUUCACCAGGUUACUUUUAAGAAAUAGCUCUUCUAAUUCAUUUCGUGCACAAUUAUUUGGAAUAAAGUCAGGUACAAGUCGCUAUUGGAAAUGGAUGCUCUUCGCUGGAAAAUCAUCUUUUCUGCACUUUUUUUUGUCUGUUCUACCUAAAACUAUACAAAUGGAGGAAAUGGAGGGUAACAGAAUAAUUGUAGGCAUCUCUGGUUUUGAAAGCAAAGUUGCUUUUUUUUGUGGCUUUGCCACUCCAUCAAUAAUGUUCCUAUGUUUGCACACAUCUGUCUUGAUGGUUCAUUGGCACAAUGCUCUGCUACUGUGCUGAAUACAACCAACAAAUGAAAGAUUGACAAAUCUGUUCACUAUAGCUCAGUCACAAUGGAACUCCUGUUGCUGGGAUAAUGCUAGCUUUAGAAGUGGUGCAGGAAUCUGUGACAACUACAUUGAACCAGAGCUUUAGAAGUUUAGUUAGGUACAGGUGAGGAAUGGGAUGCUAAUGGAUUGGACAUGGAACUAGUGUUAAGGAUAGUAAAUUCACAACAUUAGCCCUGCAAAUUCAUUACCUUGAGUGGAGCUACCUCUUGAGUGUUACAAGGUCAUAACUAAAAUGAAACAACUCAGUCCAGGCUCACAUGUAAGCCCAAUGUUCAAUGUUGCCAAAAAGAAUAAUGAAGCUAUGAUCCAUAGUAAACAAAAACUUUCACUGGUGCUGUUGUGACAUGAAGACUAAAUUCGAAACUUGAGUUCCGUGUCAUGGAAACCCUAUGUCCAGUUGGCAGACAGUGAAAGUGCACCUUUACAUUUUAUCUGAUUUGUAUGUGAUUUGGGAAUACUUGGUGCUAUCACUCAGUGUGACAUAUUCCCUUACUCAUCCUAAUGUUAUAGUAUGGGACAGUAAGAGAAUCACCUCCUGUAUGUUCUGCACUGCAAACAGCAUUGUGGCAAGCACAUAAUUAAUUUAGAAUUUAUUAUUGUGCACUGUUUAAUGUGCUCAGGUGACCUCCUGACACCUUUCCAGUUGAAACUGGCAACCUCUUACUUAGUGUAGUUAUCUGUAGUCGAUAUGCCAGUUGCAUACACAAACGUUACAGCACAAUUCACAAUAUGUGCGUAUGCAUUUACAUGAAGUGCACUUUUGCAGCUAUUCGAUAUACCUAUUUCUGUGUAACGGCAAGUAGUUUCACACUGAACUUUCUGUUAUUGGCAUUUGUAACUCAGUCCAGUUUUCAGAAAGACUUAAAAACAUCAAAUGGUUCACUCAGCCUAGUAAGGUACACUUGCAUUUGAAAUGGAUUGAUGGUGAUGACAGGGCCGCUUUAAGGAGCUCACCCACCAGGACAUGUGACUGAAGGGCUAGCAUGCUGCUUUUGGAUGUAUAUAUCCUUUCAUUGUUACAUUCAUUCUCUAGUUCAAAAUACAACAAAUUACCUGGUUUAACACAAGAUCCCUCAAACUUCCAAAUUUGCCAAGUGUCAAAUAACAUUUUGCCCAAAGUUUGCAUAACAUUCCCCAAAAACAAUGCAAACACCUGCACCUGUUUUCAGAUCUCUAGUCACAAACACUUGCUUUUACCUAUCCAUUGUCACACUUCAGACUCAUAAUAAUUGGAAUGUGUACGUUCAAAAUGUUAGAAAAUGAUUCUUACAAAACUACUGUCUGCAAAGAACAAUAAUGUUAAUCAUAAAUCAAAUAGCUAGACUUUGCCUUUAAAUGAAAUGAGUAGGAGCUGCUGCUAUAAUUGAAUGCUGCCACAUUUAAUGUGCUGUCCUGCUGUCAUUGUGAAGUGUCAAAAUACUCAGCAAAGAACAUUCGAUUCUGGGUUGACUCAAGGAAACAGAUAGCAAAGGCUUCCUGAUUUUUUUUUUCAAAUCUUCCUUUUGAGUUCAAGUGUCUUGAAAUAUUUUACAGAUUAUAGUCCCCGGCAUUUCAGCAGUCAUCUGUUGAGGGUCCUAAGUGUGAUCUCCAUUUUCUAAACACGACAUACGGAGAGUUGACAGAGUAAAGGUUGUAACUUGUUGGCUCGAUUUGGCGUGGAGGAGAGUGAGGUCCAUGAGGUAGACAGGCACUAAAUCCUGGGGUGCUGGUGUGAGAAUUGGUUGGGUUUGGUGUGGCUUUGGUCAUCAGAUAUUGUCAGUCUUUGUUUGGCAGACUGUGUACUGUAUUCUUUCAGAUGUUUGUAAAGAAUCAAACUCAGGGUUGGGAAUACAUUAGAACUGGAUUAAUAUAGAGGUUGCUUUUAAAAGCGUUCAAAUGAAAUUUAUAAAAUGCAGUUAAGAAAACUCAGGACAUGCUUCCAUGAUUGGAGUAGUUGCACUGACUGGCUCAAUGAUAGUUGGCCAGCCAUUGAGCAACAUUACAAAUAAUGACGGGAAUGUAGGUUUGUUCUCCCUUUAGCAUGCAUUAUAUAUGUCAUAUAUAGUUGUCAUAUCCAGAGCUCUAUUCAUGGCCUCCAUUAUUUGGGGCUAUGGUACCGAUGUUCAUUCAUACCCGAGCUAUCAAAGGCAGAGACUCUGCCAGCAAGGCAAGUACAGGUCUCUCUCUCCUGCUUAUUCCAUGCAUCCAAAUUUAUGGGGCUAACAUCAUCUAGCUUAAAGAAUAAUGGUUAGAAGUUGACCUGUAACCAUGGGACUUACAUUCAUAGAUUACAGUUAGUUCAGUUUGUACAGCAGAUGUUGUAAAAUUAAUUUGGUAUGUUAAAUUUUGACAUCUAAUUCCUUUCAAUCAUCAGGAGAAAUCCACAAUUUGUUGUGUUAUUAAAUGAGUAACAGGGCUGACACAUCACCUACCUAACUUGAGGCUUUAUUUAUCUUUAGCACCAGUCUCAUGAUCUUGCCAGUGAAGUAUUACAUCUGCUGAAUAUUCAGUUAAUAAUCAUAGCAUUGAUUAUUGCAAUAUUCACUGCUCAGAACUCAUUGAUCUGAACCUUCAACAACUCAACAAGGGUAAAUGAUGAAGCUGCUUUUUUCAUUGUUGAUGAUCAAAUGAAUGAUCUGACCUGAAUGUCAUGAAAUUUGCAAAGAUGCACUUUUUUUUGUUCAUGAUGGCAAGGCUUUCUUUCAUAGACUAAAGGGGGCUGGAAAAUGCAUCCACAGUGCCGUAGACAUCCUAAUAUGUCUAGCACACUUCCACUGUUGAGGUGGAGAUCUUCCUUUAUCACCUGUAUGAGCUUGAUUGGGGCUCAGAUAUUACCAUCCAUCAGUGAAAAUCAAGCACAAACUGAAAUUUAUUUUUAAUUCCCAGCUUUUUUGAUACUUGUAACUUCAGUAAAUGCUGUACUGUCCCUCACACCUUGGAUUCCAAUUGUGGAGAUCACUGAUCACAGAUUUAGAUUCCAUGGUGCAGCCAAAUGUAAUUCUCAAACACAGGGAGUACUGCCUUGUUUCCUGUAAUAUUACAAGGUUACAGAGGUGCUGGAGAGAUGCAGAAAUAAUUUUCAAGGAUGAUAUCAAAUUUUUGAGGCUACAUCUGCCAAGAAACGAUGAACAGGCAAGAUUAAUUUUCUCUUGAAAGGAGAAGGAUGAGGUUUGACCUAAUGAAUUUAUUUAAAACAAUGAAAGGUUUUUAGAAGAAAUGUCUUUCCCCAGAGAAUGGUGAGACUGUGGAAUUUGUUCAUCUUAACUAUACCAUGUGAUUACAAUACAGAUUUGUUUAUGGGGAAUUCAGGGGAGCACAUGAAGGGGUAGGGAAUAGAGACUUCUGCUGAUGGAAUGGGAGAAGACAUGAGCAUAAGUUUUUGGCAUUAACGGUUUGCUGACUAAAGGUCUUCCUGAAUAAUGGGUGGUUGUGAGAUGCGGUCAAGCCCAACAAACAAAUUAGCAAGUAACAAACUGACCACGAAAGAGGCUGUGCCACAAACAUCAGUUUCCUUAAGGGAAACUUAUAUUUCAAACUCAAAUGUUGUUGUUGGUGGAGACAAUGUGCUCUGACCCUUGUGGUGCCACCUGGCCACACAAGGCCUCAAGCACAACACUGUUCUUCCCCUCGCCAGGGACAUCCAGCAUGAUGGGAUUGUUUGAGAAAGGCAUCAUGGUUAGCACAGACCUGGUGGGCCAAAGAGCCUGUACCUGUGCCAUAUUGUUCUGUAUUCUGUGGAAUUUUGGGGGCCUUGAGGCAUCAACUAGCAGAAUACUCUCAGCUGCAGGGCUCCUUGUGUACUUUCUCAUUAAAGUGUGUAUGGCCUAAUGGGCAGAUCAUUGAGGUCUGAUUGCUGCUGCAAAGUAAUGUCUGGGUGUUUUAGUCAAGCGAGGUUUACCUUCUGGAUUUUCGCUCCAGGAUUGCAGGAAUUAAAAUGGUGUCAUAGCAGGAAAAGGUUUGGAAAGGACUGGCCUACAUCAGUGUGAGUGUGGUAGUGUAAUUAUACCACAUCCUAACCUCAAAACAAAAAAAAUUGUAACUUUUCAAUCUUAUAGUAACAUCUAAGAGCCAAGGCCAAAUAUUCCAAUCCAAUGUUUGUUUUUUCACAAAAGUUAAAACCAUUUAUCCUCUCCUCAGCUAUUUGCAGAUAUCACUAAAAGGGACACCCAGAAGGUGAAGAUUGUUAGUAUCUUCGUGGCCUAAUUGUUUUUUAAACCUUUGAGUUGACAACAAACCACAAUUCCACUCUUACCAAUGUCAUUAGUUUAAGAAGAUUGGUGCUGCUCUUGAACAUGACGAACUGUGGCUGAAUUUUUAUAUGUAACAAAUGUUUGCCAUUAAAUCCAGCCUUGAUAUGGUUGCUGAAAGUCAGUACACCUCAGUCAGGUCAAAGAAUUGUAUGUCCAGAGCUGCACCUCCGUACUUCACAUCCAAUGUCUUUCUGUAGGAGUCAAAUUAAUCCAUCCAGAUUAAGGUACAAAACAAAAAAGUUUUUAGAGAAUUCUAGAAUCAGUUUAUGGAUUUUUGCUAAUGUUGCCUGUAAUAUCAGGGAAUCUGUGGUUCAUUCAUGAUGUGGAGGUGCUGGUGUUGGACUGGGGUGGACAAAGUCAGAAGUCACAUGACAUCAGAUUCAUGAUAGAAUUCCCACAGGGUGGAAACAGGCCAUUUGGCCCAGCAAGUCCACACCAAUCCUCUGAAGAGCAUCCUACCCAGACCCAUCCCCCUAGCCUAUCCCUGGAUUUCCCAUGGCUAAUGCUCCUAACCUACACAUCCCUGAAUACUCGAGGUAAUUUAACACAACCAAUCUACCUACUGUGCCCAUCCUUGGACUGUGGAAGAAAACCAGAGCGCUCCGCAGAAACCCCAUGCAGACGCAGGGAGAACUUGCAAACUCCAUACAGACAGCCUCCCAAGGCUGGAAUCAAACCUGGGUCCCUGGCACACUGAGGCAGCAGUGCUAACCUCUGAGCCACCCAGAAGCUUUUGGAGCGCUGUUCCUUCUCCAGACGAAGGAGUGGUGCUCCAAAAGCUUGUGAUUUCCAGUAAACCUGGCACCAUAACUUGUUGUCCUGUGACUUCUGACUUGGUUCAUUCAAGGUGGAGUUGGGUAACUCUACUAUUGGGAUGUGAUGAGAAAGGUGCAGAUUUAAGCUGGUUUGUGCAAUCAUUUAAUUGCUCCUCAUUCAGUCAUCUGAGAACUUUUCUGAACAGUUUUUAAUUUGCCACAAGCUCUGAACAAUAGGAGUUGUUCACUGUUGGAGUUCAGCCUUCAGUUGCACUAACUGUCUGCAAUCUGAUGUGUACACAUCAUCCAAAGACCAGGACUGUCUUUAACCUUUGUCCUUAACAUAAUUUUUGUUUAAAGUCCUGUGAAGGCAAAAGCGUUGAAGCGUUCACUUUAUGUUUACAAAACGCACGAAGAAUGACGAUCCUGCCUUUGUUAAUGUAGAAGUAGUUCACAGUUUUGUGGCCUUUACGAGAAAUUGUCUGUUCCAAUACUGUUAUUUAAUUUUACUACUUACUGUACAGCUUUGAUUUUGUUGUAACACAAACUGUUCAGAUAUAAUAAAAUCCAAAAUCCA